UACAUUACAAAUUUAAAUACAGGGGGUUCCAACGGUUGCCCACCACGAAACCAAACCACUCACUCACCAAAAGAUCUCUCAAACAGAAAGAGGUAAAAGACGAAAGACAAUCACCUCUCUCUCUCUCUCUCACUCACUGUUCUUCUCUUCAUCCACUCGAUUCACCUUUAUUCUGAGCAACCCAUGUCGAAAGGUACAGUGCUGAUUUAAUUGUGCUCUCUCUGUCUCUGAUUUGAUUGGUUUGAGAGCUCUCUCUAUCUCUGUUCUCUUCAAAUUUACGCCUGAGAUCACCUUACAGCAAACUUGACAAAUGGGUACUACUCUCUGUUUCUCUCUCAUUCUCUUAAUCACUGUUACAGACUCCUUCUUCGAAGCCAAUUCCAUCACUUUUUGGCAAGACACGGAGGCAUUGAGAGAGUUCAAGAACGGACUCGAUCCUAACUCAGUCAGGCCCGGUUCGUGUCUGAGCUCAUGGGACUUCACUCUCGAUCCAUGCGACAACCUCUUCAGCGACAAAUUCACAUGUGGGUUUCGAUGCGACCUCGUUAUUUCAACGAUGAGUCGAGUCACCGAACUCGCUCUCGACCAGGCGGGUUACGUGGGUUCACUCGCUUCCACCUCCUGGAACCUCCUCCCCUACCUCCACACCCUUGACCUCUCCAACAAUUUCUUUGCGGGUUCAAUUCCUGACUCGCUCUCGAACCUGACUCGGCUCCAAAGACUCAGUCUAUCACGUAACUCCCUCUCUGGCUCAGUACCAAACUCAAUCGGCUCUCUCUCUACCCUCGAAGAGCUUUACCUGGACAACAACUACUUCCAGGGAACAAUCCCGUUGAGUAUCAACGGUCUUAAGAAUUUAAAAAGGCUCGAACUCCAAGGCAACAGACUCAGAGGCCAGUUUCCCGAUCUGAGUCAACUCACUAACCUCUCCUUCUUAGACGCAAGCGACAAUUCCAUCUCCGGCGAACUUCCAGCGAAUCUUCCGACCUCUCUCGUCGAACUCUCCAUGCGAAACAACCAGUUAAAAGGGAAUAUUCCGGCGAAUAUAUCGAACUUGUUCUAUUUACAAGUAAUUGAUCUGAGCCACAACAAUAUAACAGGGUCGAUCCCGUCGGGUCUUUUUACCCACCCGUCUCUCCAACAACUCACCCUUUCGUACAACGAUUUCGAGUCGGUUCAAGAACCCGGGGAUUCGAGUCAAGAAAGCGAGCUCAUAGCAGUGGACCUGAGCAGCAACAUGAUCCGCGGGUUCAUACCGCCGUUCAUGGGUCGGAUGCGGAAACUAUCCGCUCUAUCGCUAGAGAACAACCGGUUCUCGGAUGUGAUACCAACCCAGUUGACCCUGAAGGCGGUGCUACCGGGUCAGGGGGUUUCGCAGUUGGAGCGGCUGUUGUUGGGUGGGAAUUACUUAUUCGGAGCCAUACCGGUUCAGCUGCUCAAGAUGAGGGAUCCGGGUUCGGUUACGGUUCGGUUGGGGGACAAUUGUUUGUACCGGUGUCCGUUAAGGUUCUUCUUUUGUCAGGGUGGGAAACAAAAGUCAUUGAUGGAGUGUAAGAGAUUGGGUCAUGUGUUGCCUUGAAAUGAUCAUGCUUGGGUUGAAUGGUAUAUGGCCAAAGUUUCUCUCUCCUCCCCUCUUUCUCUUUCUAGAGAUUAGAUAUAUUUGUGAGUAAUAAUGUUAUAAAUUAUCAUAUUUGUGUAUCAUUAGUGAUUUUAUGAUAGUGAAUUCUUUAAAUAAAUACAAUCAUCACACAUUAGAUGUGAAUAAUUCAUAAUA